AUGGCAGAUCUAACAAACCGAGUUCGUCAGUUGAAGCAGCAGCUAAGGAUGGCCACCCUAAAUGCCCAACAAGCAGAUCCAGGCGACCAAGGGCUUCACGUGCAGUGCCAGCAAACGAUCGCCGCCUUAACUAACCAGGUGGCAGAUCUAACAAACGGAGCUCGUCAGUUGGAGCAGCAGCUAAGGAUGGCCAUGGCAGAUCUAACGAACCGAGUUCAUCAGUUGGAGCAGCAGCUAAGGAUGGCCAUGGCAGAUCUAACGAACCGAGUUCGUCAGUUGGAGCAGCAACUAAGGAUGGCCAUGGCAGAGCUAACGAACCGAGUUCGUCAGUUGGAGCAGCAGCUAAGGAUGACCUUGGUAGAUCUAACGAACCGAGUUCGUCGGUUGGAAGAGAAGGAGGAAGAGGAGGAAUUGGCGUCCCAUAUGAAAAACCUCAAUCUGAAAUGA